AUGGCCGACCAACACACCUACAAGUUCAACGUCUCCAUGAGCUGCGGCGGCUGCUCCGGCGCUAUCGACCGCGUCCUGAAGAAGCUUGACGGCAUCGAGUCCUACGAGGUCUCCCUCGACAAGCAAGAGGCCACCGUCGUCGCCAAGCCCGACCUCGCCUACGAGACCGUGCUGAAGACCAUCAAGAAGACGGGCAAGAAGGUCAACAGCGCCGAGGUCGACGGCGUCAGCAGGAGCAUCGAGUUGCCCGAGGAGGUCCAGGCCGCGGCUUAA